AUGUCGUCCACAUCGUCCCCGCUCCCUUCCACACCCGACUAUAUCGCGGCCACGCGCGCCUCAUGUCUCGCCACCUCGACGGCUCUCGGGCUGACCCCGAACACCGAGUCCAUGAACGCAUUCCUGCGCACGCUCGACCAAGCCAGCUUUGAGCGGCUGCGCACGCAGCACGGCCUGUCGUUCCCGUUGCGCUUCCCCACACACACGGCCGAGAUCAACUUCCUCGCCAUCCUCGCGCUGCUCAAUGCGUAUAGCGGGUACCGCACCGUGUUCCACAAGGCGACGGGGAUCGGGGCGUACCAGAAUGUCGUGCGGCUCAUGAUGGGGUUGUACAUUGCGGGUGGGGAGGAGGACCGGGUGGUGGGCGCCGCCGCGUUGACGGCCAAGGGGAUGGCCGCGUUGAGCGAGGCAAAGGUGGUGGAGCUGUUGGGCGUGAGUGUUCAUGAGGAGAAGCAGCAUGAGAGUUUGCCGGGGGUGACAGUGGGCGUGAGGGGCGGGGAGAUGUUUGAAGCUGUGCAGAUGAUCCUCAGCACGGUCCAGGGCGUCGGUAAAACACUGCUCGCCAACAACUUUGCCAGCAUGGGCGCGUAUCUCGUCCACCUUCUGCAAGACACCAAGUCGCAAAACCUCAACGACCAGCAAGCCACCGACUACCUCGUGCGCCAGAUCGCCAGCACCUUCCCGGAGUUCCGAGACACGCACCACAUCCAGCCCAUCGACACGGACGUCUACGUGUUCAAGCGCAUCUUCUUCCUGCUGCACUCACUGUACGUCAAAUUCGGCCAACACCCGGACUUGUACAUCCCCAACACAUUCCAGACGCUGCCCAUGUUUGUCGACAAUGUCCUGCCCACGCUCUGCGUGUGGUUGCACCUGUUCGACCAGCCCGCUCCCCCCGCGCCGGACAGCAUGCACACGCUGUACCACUGGAUGGCACACAGCCACCAGCACGCCGACCUCGCGCGCGACGUCCUCGAGAGCAUGCCCAACAACAUGCCCGGCCCCACACUCAGCCCAGACGAGACGUACGCCCUCAGGGCCGCGACACUGAAUCUGGGCGCGGCACUGGUAGAGCGCGCAAAGGUGCUCGCCAAGCAGGACGGCCUCGAGUGGCUGCACCGCCUCAACGAGGUCGAUCUGGACGGGUAUCUCUGGGCCGUCGCCAAGGACGAUCCUGCGCUCAGGAAGGUGCCCAGGUUCAGCUUUGCUUCGAUCCACUUCUGA